CGCGCCGAACGAACAACGAGAUCACACGCUACUUGAAGCAGCAUCUGAGAGAUUCUAAUAAAGUGUGGAGGAGAACUAUGAGAUUGUUCUCUUUAUAGUUUUCUAUUCUGUAGAUGUGUAUAGAUAGAUUUGCAGUUCAAGUGCGAGCAAACAUCAUGAUGAAAAACAAAAACACAAAUGAAAGAAUCGCAUGGUCGUUAAUGAUUAGUGUUUACUUCCUAAGCUAUCUGGUUGUGUCGUCUAAUUGCCAAGUCGACCGACCGCAAGUUACGAGCGCCAAUACGUCAACACUAGUCGUCAAUGAGGAUCUAAGUCACUUGAAAGACGACAACGCUAGUGAUAAGAUGUCGCUUGAGGAUUUCGAUCAGUAUCUUGGAAGCUACCUUGACGAUGAGAGGGAAUUUGCACUGGCUUUGGAUUUUGAUGGCACCUUGGCGGAGCUUACAUCUCAUCCGAACCUCAGUGCCAUGUCACCGGAGAUGAAGCAAACACUGGAGAAUAUUGCUAACAGUGGGCGAGUGUUUGUAACGAUUAUCUCCGGUCGAGAUGUGGACGGCGUGAAGGAAAAAGUAGGAAUCAAAAAUAUUGUCUACUCGGGUAACCAUGGACUGGAAGUGCUGUAUCCGGACGGAACUAGACACAAUCAAGGAAUUUCCAAGGAACUUGCUGAUAACUUUGUCAAAAUGAUUGAACAACUCACCAAAGAGCUAGCCCAUGACGGUGCUUGGGUGGAGAACAAAAAGGUAUCGCUAACAUUCCACCUGCGACAAGUGGACCCCAAGCUCAUUCCAGGAAUGCAAGCAAGAGCAACGCAGAUAAUCGAAUCGUAUGGAUAUCGAGCGAAUGUAGCACAUGCCGCCAUCGAGGGCAAACCGCCCAUUCACUGGAACAAGGGUCUAGCAGCGGAGUUGAUUUUGAAGUCAAGCUUCGAUCCGAAUUGGGAGACCAGAAAGGUGGUCUUUGCUGGGGACGAUACCACCGAUGAGGACGUGAUGCUGGCCAUUAAGGGAUUCGGUCGGUCGUUCCGAGUGAGCAAGGAUGUGAAUGUGAAAACCCAUGCUGACUAUAGGAUUCCGUCGGUAAAAUCUGUUUAUUACAUGUUGAAGUGGAUCGAACAGAAGGUGUCGGUAUAACUUUGCUAAAGCUUUUUCAUUGUAAAUUUUAAAUAUUUUUGUUUAAACGUUCGAUUAAAAUCAAUAAGAUGUGGACUUAAAGUUAGUAAAUAUGUCAGCUACA